UACUCUCAUUUACACCAGCAGCCAUUCAUGUUGUUGGACUACUGCUGUCGUUGCUGUGGAUUCACACUCAUAAAACGGCAUGGAAACGUUGCCCUCAAGACUACACCCAGUGAUACCUUGGUUGUCCUGCAGAAUCUGUUGAUGUGCAUGGUGUGCUUCUACUCUCUCUACUACAUCGUGGUCAGCCUCUGCAUCGGACUGCUCAGGGUUCAUGAGAUCAACAGCUUGCUGGCUCCAUUCGACUACACGACACAACCAUCAUGGCAGAACCCCAAAUACCUGGUUGGUGUGAUUUCAACAGAAGUGACCUAUGUUUUAGGAGGGCUGGUAUUCGCCUGGAUCGUAGAGGAGUGGGUCUGGGAUUAUGCAAUAACUGUCACAUUGCUGCAUGUCGCAAUGACUGUGGCAGUGAUGUCAGACUUCCCUUCAGCUGAGCACUGGUGGAUAGCUCUGGGUUCAGGCCUGGUGAUGAUGAUAUUUGGAGGACAGCUCCUGGCCUAUAAACUCUUCAGAAGCAACUUUGUCUAUCCAGCUGAACUGCAGAACUUCUAAUGAACACAAUGAGGAAAGCUUUUUAACCGGCUUACUGGUUAAUCUCAGGUCCGGAUGCAUCCCUGUGGAUUCACUUUACAAACAUGGUACUGCUAGGUAUAUGUUAACACCGGUGUGAACAACUAAAGUAUGUCUAUCAAGACACACUUUGACUACUAGAUACGACUACUCUUCAUUUUCUUAUGUCACAUCCCUCCUUGUACAAAUGGCACUUAUCCUCUAUUUAACAUUGUAUUUUUUUAACAUAUUCUGUACAGUUUACAUAUUGUUUUGUAUUUUCUUGCUUUACAAACUUCAUACUGUAAACAAAACGCAUUGGCAGAAAUGACACCUGUAAGCAUUCUGUAAAAGCCUGGAUUUUACAGCUGGAAAAACAAAAAAGU